AUGGGUGGCCAGACGCGGCUGGACCGGUUGGUCCUGCUGUUGGAUAAUGGCAGCACUCAGGCAGCACGUCGAUUGGCUGGCGACCAGCUGGGUGAGGUUGUCAAGCAGUAUCCUCAGGAGUUGCACGUUUUGCUCUGGCGUUUGCAUACGCUGCUGCGCUCGGAGAAAAUCACGACUCGCAAUGCCGUGGCCCAUGCCAUUGGUGCCAUUGCCGCCAACGUUCCCCAAGUGAGUGCUUUUGUCUGCUCCAUCUCACCGCGCCGCUACAGAAGCCGUGGUAGUGGCAAGACCCUCGCAGCUUCCACCCGCUCAAGCUCUGACGCACGUCACUUGCUCGCCAUCUGCGUUUGUCCUGCGCCCGGUCAGUGGGAGCCCCCCGCCCCAGCAGAUGCCGCGGCAACUGCCCCGGAACAGGACCAAGAUGGAGAUGCAGGAAUUCUUCGCUUUGAAACCUUUGAUCUCCUCAACGUUCUACAGCACGGGACUCUUCUCAUGGGGUCCACGGGCGUUGAGUACAGUUUACCUCGACAUUUGCAGACCCAAGUCCAGCCCACACACAGUCCCGUGUACCCACCGCAAGAUGUGUUGCUCAAGGAGGAGGACGUUGAAACAGAUGGCGCCAAAGGUGGUGCCGAAACACCAUCAAACGCGCAGGAGCAGAGCGAUUUUGAUCGCGAGCUGGCUGGCAUGAGUGCACGCAUGCGCAACAAGGCCAAGCGCUUAAAGAAGGAGGCUGAGCGCGGCCCACGCACCGCGCUUCAGGCUGAGCCAGAGCUCGCCGCCAAGCGCAUCAAGCGAGAGGACGGCGCAAGCAACGUCAAGGUCACAGAACAGAGCGAUCCCAACAAGAUUGUUGUCGAGGCCCAGCAACAGUCGGAUGACAUUUUCGCCGAUGCUGAGGAGUGGCCUUUCCAACCACGUUGCGACGAACUCUGUACUGACCUGUUCGACCCAUCCUGGCAUGUACGUCACGGCGCGGCUAUGGCCUUUCGCGAAAUUCUGCGGCAUCACGGGGCCACCGCCGGCAUCUCUGCCUCCACACCACUCGAUCAGCGGGCCACCCAAAACGCCGCCUGGUUGAUGGAUCUAGCCCUGCGUAUGAUCUGUGUCCUUGCUCUGGACCGCUUUGGUGACUACUCGCUCGAGAUGGCUGUGGCACCUGUUCGCGAAGUGGUUGCUCAAGCCUUGGGCGCCGUCCUGCAUCACAUGAAGCCUGCGCAGUGCGAGCAAGUGCUGUCCUUGCUGUUGCUGUUGCAGCAGCAAAAAGAGCUUUGGGAGGUGCGCCAUGGUGGGCUGCUGGGUAUCAAGUAUCUCGUCGUUGUGCGUCGGGAUCUCGUCGGACAGUUUCUGGAUAAGUUGAGUCCAGCCCUGCUGCGCGGUCUGGCGGACGAAGACGAUGACUUGCGUGCAAGCGCAGCCGAGGCCGUUAUCCCUAUUGCUGAGCAGCUCUUGGCAUCUUCGGCUGAAGCUCAGCUGACCAUCUUGACAAAGCUCUGGGACGCUUUACUUGUCAUUCACGAAUAUUCUGCAUCCACGGCCUUUGUGCUCGAGCUCUUGUCCACCAUGAUCCAGUUGCAAACGCGCCAUGCCGCAACCGUGUCACCGUUCGCCGAGCUGUUCUCGUUGCGCCCGGGUUAUGCGCUCAGCCUGAUCGAAUUUUCGCCACUUGCUCAUGCGUGCAUCACCCCGGGACUGUCUCAGCUUGAGCGUAUGAUUGAGUCAGCAUAUGCUGUCAAUAGCGGCGCCGCCUUUGAUGCCAUCUUGUCUGAUAUCUUGAGUCACAUCUACCAGAACAUGCUGCUUGAGGAAAAGGAGGAACUUUCACUGGUCAACGAGCGGUUGUGGCUCCAAUGUCUUAAGGUCGUUGAUCCCGUUGCUCUUGAUCAGGCCAUGUCAGCCCGAUUGAUAUCAUGGAUGACCAUUUUGGUGACACCGGCUGGCAAACCCAUGGAUAAGGCUCACUUGGUCGUGGCGCAUGUCGACGAGUCUAGCAUGACGAAAAAAGAUCGUGAACGUUUGGCCGGCAACAAAGACAAGCAGCGUCCCUUUUGUAUUGGUGGCUCUGACCAAGCUCUAUCUCCCAACAUGGAAGAAAUUACAAAAUGUCGAGCCCGCGCAGCCAAGGCUAUGGCACACGCAGCCGCUCGCUGCGUGCAAAAAGGACUCAAGCCCAAAAUUUUCUACUCACUCUGUCUGCAGCUGCUGAAGCCAUCGUCGGCCGUGCAGCGUGAAUUGGGUGCCCAGAUGAUUGGACACUUUUCGUUGGCCAAGCGCACGCGUUUCAGUACGGCGUGCCUGACUGAACAAAUCAGCUUUGAUGAGUUGAAUGACCUGGUGGCCGCCAUGCGGACGGAUGCGGGUGGUCUUUUGGCUGCCUAUAUUCAGGCGGGCCUAGACAAGAAGCUAGUGGAUGCCGUCGGUGAUCCACGACGCCUCAACAUGGAGAACUGUGCGUUGAUCCUUCAGCGUCGAAAUGAAUGGGAGCACAAGCUGAGUAGUUCCACGGAGCUACAAGUGCGCGAGCGAGCCAGCUUGGCGGCGCGCUUAGAGACGAGCAUUCAAUUCUUACAGCAAGAGUAUGCACGAAGUAACAUCAGCUUGAUGAGCUGCAUCGCUACGGCGCUCAUCGAGUCAGACUUCCUGCCUGACAAGCUGACUCCACUCAUUCGUGCCUUUAUGGACGGUAUUUGCAAGCAUCCGGGCUGGCCCGGUUGCUUUAUAAUGCACGCGAUCGAGAGCGCUCCCCCAACAAUAAAAUUCUUGAAAAAGUCAAGGGGUCCGUUGGUGCUCUCCUCUUGCUCUUCUACAGACUUUCUCAACGCCGAUGAAGAAGCAACCCCUGACUUGAAAAAGGAGGGCAAUGCAGAAGCUUUGGGCAUCUACAGUCUUCGCUUGCAACGUGCCCAGGAUGCUGCUUCAGAGAGUUUGGCCAAGCUGAAAAAAGGGCAAACAGAUGCCGUAGCCGAGGCCAUCUUGGGCCAAGACCCUGUCUCUCAGCAGAAUCAGCUCACCAGCCGAGGGGCACGCAUGUUGCUGGAGGAGCUUGGUCAGAUUUAUGGCGAAUCCUUCUUGCAAGACGUGCCAGUGCUGCUGCAGGGCGUCAGCGCUGCGCUUGACAAUCUGCCCAAGGCUGCAACUGAUGAUUUGCCUGCGCUCCAGCAAAUCUUGCACGAGCUCACGCUCUUGGCUGUGCUCAUGGCCACCGUGGACAGUGCUCAGCGUGAACGGCAUCUGGCCUCGCUAGUGGGUCCGCUGCUGGCUGGUCUACGGGUGCCCAACCAGGUGGUUCGGUACAAGACGGCCAGCACUCUGGCUCAGAUGGCAGCUGUCAAG